AUGGAAGAGCCGCAGAGGCGCCAGAAGACAGUGCUCUCGAACCAGUUGUCCUCCUCCACCGCCGCCUGCGAGGUUUCCUCGCCCACUUCUUCGGUCGCUGCCUCCAAUCUCCGGGACCUCCUCACCGUCCGUCAGGAAGAAGACCUUCAGCCGCUCUGUACCUACCGGAGCUCCAGCGUCUCACUGGGGACUGUUCUGACCUUCGAGAAGGUCAAGUCCUCGCCCGCCGGCAUCACGCGAGCAACGUCCUCCGCUGCCAACAUCCCCACCGGCAGCAGGACGCUGCUGGACAUUAUCCGCGAUGAGCAGGAAUCCAGCGGCGCAAGAGACUACAUCAUUGGCAGCAGUAACAGCGUCCACAGGGUCAAUUGGAGAGCCUUCAAGGAUCGCCUCAGGAUCCGCCGAGCCAGCAACAUAUGGCAGUCGACCGGCAGCGGCGGCCGUGGCGUCGACAACCAUCCCGACGACAUCUCACCGGCGGAGUCUCCAUCGGGAAACCACCCGCCGGAGGCCUCCCUCCCUUCCUCCGAGGAGCCAGAGACGGCCACCGAGGUCCCUAACGGAGGCCCCUCGCCGCCGCCGAUCAGGAUGUCCCUGAUGGCGCUGCUCGAGCAGACAGACAGCCAUGGGGACGGACCAGGUGUCGCAGUCUCGGCGUUGCUGGAGGCAGACGAAGACGAGGAAGAAGAAGAUACAGAAGAAGCGGAAGAAGCGGAAGAAGCAAAAGAGGAUUCCGGCAGUGGCGACGAUGGCGGCGGGAAGAUCUACGUGAAGUGCUGUGUCUGCAUGGUGAGGCACAAGGGCGCCGCGUUCAUACCUUGCGGACACACCUUCUGCCGCCUCUGCUCCCGCGAGCUCUGGGUCAGCCGCGGCAACUGCCCCCUCUGCAACGGCUUCAUCCUCGAGAUCCUCGAUAUCUUCUGA